AUGCGUUGUACCCUUUCAGCAUUGACAGCGUUGCUGGGAGCAGUUGCUGCUGCUCCGUCGUCACUCCUUCCCAGAGCUAGGAAUAACGGCUUCACGAUCGCCCGGGCUGGUGGAGUUGAUAAGAUCAUCAUCACCGAGGAUAAUACUCUCAACGGCACCUAUCAUGAUUCCAAGUCAAAGAGCGUCAGUGUAUCCGCGUCCUAUUCAGCGACGCAUAUGCCAUUUCAAUUUGUCAACAAUUUCGGCGGUGGACAGGUCAAGGCUUAUGUCACGGGCUUGGACUCCGACGACAAAGUUGUCUUCAUCAAAUCUGACGGCAGUCUGUAUUAUCCCAGCUCUGGGGGAUCCGAGGUGCCCGUCGAGAUCAGCAACCAUGAUAUUGCAAUCAAUCUUCCCGGCCGUGAUAGGCGAUUCAGUCUUCAUUUGCCCAUUCCGAUGCACUCUGGCCGAGUUUACUUUUCCGAAGGAGAAUUGAAGUUCUUCAUGGUCAAGGUUCCCGGUGGAGAUGGCUUAGUUCAGCCCUCAGUCACCAACACGGCGGAUCCGAGUUCCGAGACGAACUGGGGAUUCAUCGAGUUCACUUACAACGCCGACGGUUCCAUCUUCUCCAACAUCAGCUACGUUGACUUUGUGGGCAUUAUUCUGAGCAUGUCUCUGUCCGUCAAGGAUGGCGCCGGCACACAGGAGACAAAAGGUCUGGAUGGUGGUGCCGUGUCGGCUCUCUGCAAUGGAUUGAUUUCUCAAUCCGAGAACGACGGUCGCAACUGGGGAGCCUUGUGCGUUGCCAACGGAGCUGGCGAGCCUAUCCGAGUUUUGUCGCCCAAUGUCUAUCGUAUCGUCAAACCGGGCGAUUUCGAGGACUACUGGCAAGCAUAUGUCGACGAGGUCUGGCACUAUUACACGGACAAGGCACUCACCAUCGACACCCAGGGACCUGCGGGCAACGUCAAGUGCCGCGUGAGUGGUGGCACCAUGUCUUGCGACGGAGACAAUCGACCCUACAGCAAGCCAGCAGCCGCCGACAUUUGGGGCUGCGAUAGCGGCACGUUUGCAAAGCAAAAUGGAGAUAACGGUGUCCACCUUGCCGUCAUCCCGCGACUCUGUGCGGCCUUUGUUCGUUCAACACUGCUGAUUGAUCAAGGCAAUGUCCAGCCGAGACUUGCCGCCAAGAAGUACUACAAGGUCAACCCUACGAACCACUACAGUCGGCUGGUUCACGGAAGAGAGAUUGAUGGAAGAGGGUACGCAUUCGCCUAUGACGAUGUCAACGCUGACGGCGAGAAUGCGUCGGGAACACUUUCUUCUGGGCGCCCCAACACCCUGACCGUGUAUUUUGGUGGAUCACCAAGCUAA